AUGAAGAGCAGCAUGCUCCUCGUGAUCCUUGUUCUCCAGGCCGUCUUGGUGAUGGGAAUCCUCUCACACGCCAACGCUGAAUUCCCGAAGUGCUGCGACAACUGCAGGUUCUUCUCAGGGGCUGUAGUCUGUGACGACGCAAGCCCGAAGUGUCGCGACGGCUGUGUGAACUGUCGCGUGGUGAAGGCGACCCAUCCCCAGACGUUUCGGUGCGCCGAUGGACGCGUCGAUGAUGGCUCGCCAUGUCCGCCUUGCAAGAAGCACUGA